GUCACAUCACAUUUCGUGAAUCCGCCAUUUUGUACGUUGCUGGCGGUGAUCUAGGAUUUGCAUCGCCGGUUUAGUGUUGAUUUCGUGACGAAAACUAAACAUUUUGUUGUAUUUACUGUAAAAACUGUAGAAAUACCCAAAUUUCAGUAAAUGGUGUAAUAAUUACAGUUUCUGUACACAGUGUUUUCGUGCUAAGUGAGUGUCCUGUAUUUGGAGCGCGUGGCUAGUUUAUUCUUUGUUGUUGGAAUCAUCAUUAUAACGGUGCCGAGGGUGUGCGGUGCGGUGCGGUACGGUACGGCACGGUACGUCACAGUACGCUACGGUACAAGUACGGUGCUGUGCGUGUCAGGGUGUGCCGGCCUUGCGGCGAUGGAGCGGUGAUCUCGGUUACCUGUCGUCACCCACAUGUUGGUGAACAUGCGUGCGAGCAGUUUGUCGAGUGAGCGAGCGACCGCGACCCAUCGACCCUGAUGACAUUGACAUUGUGACGCGCUGCGUAGCGGUAAUUAAAGCGGCUCUGCCGCUUUAAAUGGAUAAACGUAAGAUGCUGCCAAAGAGAGCGCGCAUGGACAGCAUCAGGGGCCCGAUCGCCAAUGGACCCCUGCAGUCUAGGCCCCUGGUGGCCCUUCUGGACGGGCGCGACUGCACGGUGGAGAUGCCGAUCCUGAAGGACGUGGCGACGGUGGCGUUCUGCGACGCGCAGUCCACCUCGGAGAUCCACGAGAAGGUGCUGAACGAGGCCGUGGGCGCGCUCAUGUGGCACACCAUCAUCCUCACCAAGGAGGACCUGGAGAAGUUCAAGGCGCUGCGCAUCAUCGUGCGCAUCGGCUCCGGCGUGGACAACAUCGAUGUCAAGGCGGCCGGGGAACUAGGCAUCGCCGUGUGCAACGUGCCUGGCUACGGCGUGGAGGAGGUCGCCGACACCACGCUGUGCCUGGUGCUCAACCUGUACCGGCGCACCUACUGGCUGGCCAACAUGGUGCGCGAGGGCAAGAAGUUCACGGGCCCCGAGCAGGUGCGCGAGGCGGCCGCCGGCUGCGCGCGCAUCCGCGGCGACACACUGGGCAUCGUGGGCCUGGGCCGCAUCGGCUCGGCCGUGGCGCUGCGAGCCAAGGCGUUCGGCUUCAACGUCAUCUUCUACGACCCCUACCUGCCCGACGGCAUCGAGAAGUCGCUCGGCCUCACGCGCGUCUACACGCUGCAGGACCUGCUGUUCCAGAGCGACUGCGUGUCAUUACACUGCAGCCUCAACGAACACAACCACCACCUCAUCAACGAGUUCACCAUCAAACAGAUGCGGCCAGGCGCGUUCCUGGUGAACACGGCGCGUGGCGGGCUGGUGGAUGAUGAGGGACUGGCAGCGGCGCUCAAGCAGGGCCGCAUCCGGGCCGCAGCGCUCGACGUGCAUGAGAAUGAGCCCUUCAACGUAUUCCAGGGCCCGCUGAAGGACGCGCCCAACGUUCUGUGUACGCCGCACGCCGCGUUCUACUCGGACGCGUCGGCGCAGGAGCUGCGUGAGAUGGCGGCCUCUGAGAUCCGGCGUGCCAUCGUGGGCCGCAUCCCCGACUGUCUGCGGAAUUGUGUCAACAAGGAUUACUUCUUGGCGGGCAGCGGGGGAGGCGGCGGUGUGGGCGGCGUCGGCGGUGGAGUGGGAGUGGGCGUGGGCGGCGGCGUGGGAGUGGGCGUGCCGGCGGCGGCGGCGCCGUACAGCGAGGGCAUGAACGGCGGCUACUACGGCGGCGCGCAGGCCGCGCACUCCACCACGGCCGUGCACGAGCCGCCGCCGCCGCCCGCCGCGCCGCCGCAGCCGCCGCAGGCGCCCAUCACGCUGCCCCCCAUCAACACAUCGGACCCGGCCAACCACCAGAUGAAGCAGGAGAGCUCGGACGUGCACUAGAGCGGCGCCCGCCCGGCCCACUAUCACUCAAGUGUUAGUUAACAAGAUGCGUGCUACACUCGAGGCCCAAUUCCUGCUCCGAAAUAUUUUGGGGCCCCCAAAUAUUAAUGGUGCCCAAGUGUUAUUGAGAACCUUAGUAGGACAAAUGUGAAUUUUGUGGACAAUAUAAUGGACGAUAGAAAUGUUUGGCACAGUUGUCGUUUAGAGUGCGGCCGGAUAGAUUCCACUGAAUGGAGACCAUGAGGACUAAAAAUAAACAUUUGGCUGGUGCACCGAUUGUUGUGUAAAAUGUGUUUAUGCUAUUUGAUAAUUUAAGGCUCAAUAUGUGUGUGGAAUGGGUUGACUUCAAACAGAAACCGUGUCUAUUUAGGGGCCCUUUAAUGUAUGCCUAAAAUGAACCUGUAAAUUACAAUGUAAGGACUGUAAAACUCGGGGCCCCGGGUAGUUGAAAAAGAGUGAUAGAGGCCCCAAAUAAACUGAUGCUGUGUAAUAAGUACGAUAGUUUGAAAGAGUUGAUUCGCUCGUGUGUAAUUAAUAUGAUUUAUAUUUCAUUUUGACUUUGUUGGUGAGAGUGAGGGUGGCGUUAUCACGAUCCUUUUCAGCAUCUGAUGAGCAUGUAUUGAACCCCCGAACACAAGACAACACGACACAUAUUACAAUACAACACAUUUCACUUUAAUUUUAAGACAAACGUAGCUCGUUUAUCAUCACACUGACCCGCUGGUAACAGAAUACAUGAUGCUCCAGUUGUUUCAUUGUGAAAUGUACAAAAAUCAUGCUUUUUCAAUAUUUUUUUCUUUUAUAAAUAGGUAAGUUAAUUGUACAUGUGCGAUUAAGUUAGAAAUGCAAUAGCAGCCCGACAUCUCUGGUGAUUCCAAUGACAAUUGCUAUUUUAAAUUUAGUAUUUACUUACUGUUUAGUUAAUGACAAAAACAAUGUGUAUAUUUUAUGAGGAAAUGAAAAGUUCUUAAAUAAAACUAUUGUUUUCGGAUUAAUUA